UGUAAUGAACUACUCAGCUAUGAAAACUAGAUAGCACUAUGUUUAUCUUUUUGUCGAACGUGAUACCCUGUAAUUAUGUAUUUUUAAAAUUCCUUCUGCAUCUUUUUGGAAGGAACGCCACCACACAGAACACGGUAAUUCUGUUCUGCUGAUACCAUGUAAGAAAUGAGCAGGAUGAAGCCGACACGUAGCCUGAUGCUGGUGGUUUGUCCCAUGCUUGUCCUGGGUUUCCUGUUCUACUCCUCUGGGAGGCUGAAACUACGAACAUGGGGCCAGAAGUCACAAUCAGAAGUGGAUAGCUUAUUCAGCGCGGGACGAUAUUUAGCCUCAGUGUAUGACAAACAGGGAUUCCUGCAUAAGCUGGAUGGCAAACUUCCAGUCGAGCUAAUGUAUAAGUAUGGAAAUCUCAGUAGAGGUGCCUGUAAACCUGAUUUUGCAGCUGCCAAGAUGACCUCCAUCUACCCAAAGUUUGUGAAACCAGCCCCCAUGUUCCUGGAUCUGAAUUUUAGACGCCUGUCAAAGAUCAGCAAUUACUUACCUCCCUUUGGAUUCAAAACUCAAGAAAACAUUAUUGAAUCUCUUUUAAUUGUAACAAAGAGCUAUGGCCUUGGCCCAGAGCUGGACAGUUUGAGUUGCAAAAAGUGCAUUAUCAUUGGAAAUGGAGGCAUUUUAUUCAACAAGUCCCUGGGCUCCAGGAUUGAUGAGUAUGACGUGGUUGUAAGGUUAAACGAAGCUCCAGUGAGGGGAUUUGAGAAAGACGUCGGGUCAAAGACCACCAUGCGCAUCACAUAUCCUGAAGGGGCCAUCCAGAAUCCCGAGCUUUACGAGAAGAGCUCACUCUUCGUCCUCUCCGCCUUCAAACCGCUGGAUUUCAAAUGGCUACGACAUGUGAUCCUCAAAGAGAAGCUGCGUGGUACAGAAGGCUUCUGGAAGUCAGUGGCCCGUUACGUGCCAAGAGAACCAAGCGACAUGCGAAUCCUUAACCCAUACUUCAUCCAGGAAGCUGCCUUCAAGUUUAUUGGUCUGCCACACAACAACGGCCUCAUGGGAAAAGGGAAUAUUCCCACCCUUGGGACCGUCGCCAUAACAAUGGCCCUUCACAAUUGUGACGAGGUGGCAGUAGCUGGGUUCGGCUACGACAUGAACACCCCCCAUGCCCCUUUGCACUACUAUGAGAAGGUCAGGAUGUCUGCCAUCAAAGAGUCAUGGACACACAACAUAUCUAAAGAGAAGGAGUUCCUUCGCAAACUGGUGAAAGCAGGAGUCAUUGAGGACCUGACCAAUGGCAUCGCAGACCAACAACCAAACAAACAAUGAAGAUAUGAAAGAAAAGCAUAGGGAUGGAAAUCAGUGAGAGGGAUCUCUCCACCUUUCCUCUGGAUGCUGUUACCCACUGCUGUGUUGAUGGUCACGUUUUCCCUCUAGUAUAUAGCAGUGUUGCCUUCUGGACAAUUGGGAACCGGAUGGUUGAUUUUAAGGAUUCUCUAUCAUUUUUAAAUGCUCUUGGCA